AUGGGAACCAGGGCUUUGACUGGUCUUGGAUGUCGUACCUGGUGUAGGGCUGAUGUGGAUCUGUGUAUUGAGGACUUCAACAGGAUCGAUUGCUAUCGUGUGCCUCUGCUAGGCAACUUCAAGCCCCAUGGAAAGUACCACAUAGCAGACCUGCACACUGCUGGAGGCCUCCCGAUACUUAUAAAGGAGCUACUAGACGCAGGGCUCUUACAUGGUGACUGUCUCACAGUGACCGGAAAGACUGUGACAGAGAAUUUAGCAUCUGUCUCCAAAGCAUCUGAUCUGACACAGGACGUUGUGUACCCAUUCUCUAAACCCUCUCCCCUCCCGGGCACCACAUUACCAUUAUCAAGCUAUACACAAUGUUUACAUUUAGACGGUAGCCUGGCAACAGACAGUGCCGUGCUGAAGCUGAGUGGGAAAGUGUUUGACAAGCCGUUCAAAGGCCCAGCCAUUGUGUUCGAUGGGGAGGGGCCAGCCUAUGAUGCCAUUAUGGGUGGCCAGGUUAAACCAGGACAGGUGCUCGUCAUACGAUAUGAAGGACCCAAGGGAAGCCCUGGCAUGUCUGAGAUGUUGAGUCCAGGCUCUGCACUGGUUGGUGCCGGCCUAGGUAAGACCGUUCCCUUGAUAACUGAUGGAUGCUUCAGCGGAGCAUCUCAUGGGAUCAUGAUUGGUCAUGUGACACCCGAGGCAUUCGUGGGCAGGCCUAUAGCACUGGUGGAGAACGGAGAUAUGAUAAGCAUUGAUGCUGUCAACAGGAGAGUAGAUCUGGAGGUCAGUAAGGAGGUGUUGACGGCUCGGAAAGCUUGCUGGAAGAUUCCCCAAGAGCGUCAGAAAGUGAAGGGUCUACUGGCAAAGUAUCGACGCUCUGUGUCCAGUGCACAUACAGGAGCUGUAACCAGCUGAACCAACUGAACAUUAUAGUAGAGCAGCUAUACAUAAUUAUGAUUGUGCACUAGUUGUGGCCUAAUGAUGUGGAGUCUAAUGUACAACGUUUCGUUAUCAAAUGUGCGAAUGAUUUAUUGGAAUGUCUUCAGCACAUGUUUCUUUAUAACUCUUCA